CUCGUGUUACAUUGUCCCUCUUCUUCUUCUUCUUAUUCUUCUUCUUCUUCUCCUUCUUCUAUUCCUCCAACUACGCGCACCUCGGCUAUUCGCAGCCAGCCCGAUGGUCGCCGGACGUAAGUGGUGUUUCCACCGGACCGUCUUGAGAAGAUACUUCAACGAGAGUCACGUGUGACGUCGUCGAUUUCUGUAUACACUGGCACCUCGAUAGGAGGAAGGCUUCGAAGACGUCAAGAAGAAUCAAGAAUCGAAGAUCACCACCAGACGAAAAUAAGUAUCGAUGGCACCGAGAGGGUGUUACCGCUGAGACUCGGGUCGAGGACCAAAACCGCGAAGAGACAAACGGAGGAACUGUCGGGUGUUGAAAAAAAUCUGCACGUCAGUGAGGACGAACGCGAGGUAGCCGGUGACACCGCGAGGCGUAGGAGAAGGUGGGGGUAAGGCUAGUCUUUGGCGCGCUUCGAAGGCCCGAACGGAAGGCAAUCCGCUCGAAUCCGGCGGACCGCGAGCAGGUUAUCCCGUAGCCGCCUGUACCAUCGUUGCCCGUUAUUGGAGAAGGGAGCGAAAGGAGGAAGAGAGAGAGGCGACGGUGAAGCCGAGAGAAAGAGGCUGAAAUCGGAGCGAAAGACGAAACGCGGAGGCGAAAAAGAGAGAGAGCGAUCACGGAGAGAGGGAGGGAAGGCAGAGAAGGGCACACACGUCUGUAGGUAGUCACGAGCUUCGACGAAGCGCCUGCGCUCGCGAGCACUUCUCGUCGUUACCUCCUCGCAUCGAGUACGCUCGUCCACGUAGACGCGACAGCCGACGUGAAAGCUCGCGCCGCGAUGAAUCGCGUUCGCCGACGGACCGUCGGACAGGAUGUCAUUCUGCAUCGUUAAACCGACCUGGAGCAGGAACGUGGCGUCGAUUGCGCUCGCGCGCUCCUGCGCCAGCGCGAUACAUCCACCGAUCGUGAUUGUGACACCGUGCGUGCCUGACGAGUGCGUUACAUCGAUUCAUUUCAUCCGUUUUCGUUAUCACUGUGAAACUUCCGAGGAACUAUAACCGAACGCUCUCACCCGCGUUCUCUUCCUCUCGCGGAAGACUUCCCGCUGACUCGUUACUGCAUCGUUCCUGCCUCGAAAUCAUCCGACGCUCCCGGUAAGACACUAACGUUUGCCGAGUUUCAAAUUGCUACUGAAUUCCGUAGUUUCUGGACAUCGCCCGCUGUUCGGUAAGACGAUAACUACCUACUAAAACCGCCGCCAAGACAGAACUGAACUCUGCGGGUCCCGCUAUAAAAAUGUCGCAAACUUGUCGAGUCGCAACCAAAAUUGCUUCGACCUCUCGCUCAUAGCUUCUCGGCGAACCGUCUUUUCCAUCCCCGAGCGAGAAGAGGGUGGAAGGUAACUCGUGGGUGAAGACCGUUUGGGUCCGUCGGGCACGAAAGCAGGAAAAGAUACGAAUCUGAGACAGGGAGGACGGUUUAGCCACAGAAGUGGAGGCAGAGGGGGAGGAGGAGGAGGAGGCGCUGGUGCCCGGUGCGUGGAGGGGCUGGAGGUGAUCGUCUGGUGAUGAUGAUCGGUGGCGGCGUCGCGACCCCUCCUGGUACUGCCAAGUCGGCGGCUGCGAUCGACAGCGAAAUGGUGCAGGUCGAUGGCAUUGGCAGUGGUAGUGUCAGUGGCAGUGCUAGUGGUAGUGGUAGCCCCGCGACAGGCGCGACUACUACGCGUUUGACGAACAACGCUGCCAAUAACAACAAUAACGGGGACGUUGCCAAUAACAAUAACAACAACAAUAACAACAACAAUAAUGCCGAUGGUCACCCGGUGGUGAACUCCGGCGGCGGUACCGCAACGGCGACGGAGAAGUUCUGCUGUCACGAAGAAGAGCCACCGGUCAGCACGGGAGUCGCGCGGCCUUGGGAACCACCCUCGCCGACCUUCUCGCAGACGAGGUCGCAUCUGCUUCAGGUCCAUCCGCCGCAUCAUCAUCAGCAUCCAGCUGCGCACCAUCAUCAACAGAUGACCGUCCCGCCAGUCUCUUUGAUCGACGGCGUGAGCUUGCAAAACUGUACCGCGGGACCAUUCGCCAGCGGUAACGGCGGCGGGGCCAGCCGGCAACGAUUGCUCGAGCUGUCCCAUGGAUUAGGGGCCUUGAGGCACUACAACGACCUGGCCAAUCAUGUGCUCUCGCUGAAUCAACAGGGCGCGGUUGUCACCAAAUUAUUAGGCACGCUACGACCGCCGGGUUUGAUCGGUGGCAGCAAGCCAAAAGUGGCGACGCCAGCCGUCGUCGCGAAGAUCGAGCAAUACAAGAGGGAGAAUCCGACGAUCUUCGCCUGGGAAAUCAGGGAAAGACUCAUUUCCGAAGGCGUAUGUAGCAACGCGACGGCUCCGUCGGUGAGCAGCAUCAACCGAAUAUUGAGGAAUCGCGCCGCGGAGCGCGCGGCCGCGGAAUUCGCGAGAGCGGCGGGAUACGGGCUGUACGCCGGGCCUCAUCCUUAUUUCAACAGCGCUCAUCAGCAUCCGACGACCAGCCACCAUUUGCCUGCCGGCUGGCCGACACCCGGCGCCGCGGGACACCCUUGGAUGUUACCGCCGUUGGCUACUGGUAUCUCCGGCGCAGCUUCCGCUCUGCUUCUUCCGCCCUCACUGAGCCCAGGAGCCGCGGCUGCCGCCGCUGCGGCCGCAUCUGCAUCCGCGGCUGGCACUGCCGACCAUUCCUUGCACGCGGACGCUCUCGCGCGGGGCUACCUCCAAGAGGAAGAACAUUGGUUUCUGUGCGCAGACGGCGACGGUGACGACGGGAGCCUGGAUGGAUCGGAGCAGCCGAAGUUCCGUAGGAACCGGACGACGUUUAGCCCGGAACAGCUCGAGGAGCUCGAGAAAGAGUUCGAGCGAUCCCACUAUCCUUGCGUGUCUACGCGCGAACGGCUAGCCUCGAAGACCUCUCUCUCGGAAGCUCGUGUGCAGGUUUGGUUUUCCAACAGACGGGCAAAGUGGCGUCGUCACCAGCGAAUGAACCUCUUAAAACGUUCACCACCGCCUCCUCCGCCUCCACCGCCACCGCCGCCGCAGCCACAGCCGCUGCCGCAGCAGCAGCAGCAGCAACAGCAACAGCAGCAGCCGCAGCCGCCGCAACCGCAUUCCGCAUCCGGUAUGGAAAUAAACCGUGCGUCCGGCUGCUCGAUCGCCGGCAUGGGAGGAGAAAGUAGCGCGUUCCGGGCCGUCGUCGCGAACUCGAGAGACGAACGGAACGAGAGGAUCGACAGGAUAGAGUCGAUCGCGAGCAAACAGCCUGAGCGAAAACCGAGCGCGUUCAGGAUGAUCAGUCAGCUCGUCGGCGAGGAUUCCCCGAGCGUACCGAGGCCGACGAGUCCGGCGUACGAGCAACGGAGACACGAGUUCAACGUCGGAUCCACGUUGUCCGAAUCGCAUAAAGAGGAGUACGAGCGGGUCGAGGACGAGGAAGACGACGAGGAAAUCGACGUUCAGGACUCGGACCAGGACGUUCCCUCGUCGCCUAACGUCGCCUGGAGAGACCACUGGACGGACCAGCAACCCCUCGAACUGACCAAGCACGAUCGUUGAAGUACUUCGUGGUUCUCCUGGAAAUCUGUCGUAUUCUAAUAUUGUGCACCCGGUCGUGAUUAAACACGUGAUUCAGUGCUCGGAACAGUUGCCCUGUGCGUAAGAGUGUGAAUAAGAACGAAGUGUCACGGAUACGAGGUUCUGGACUCGCGACGAGCGACGAGCUAAUCGUGGAUUACGAACGUGGAUUGUAAAUUUUGGCUGACCGGUGAAUGUUUGGAAUUUUUGUUGAAAGCAAGACAGGUCGGUUCGUGAUGGUUUACCAUCACCCUCGUUCAUUAAAAUGUCUCCUAGAGUACCCAUACUACGGAUUGCAGUCCAAUCAUUAUGAUUAAGAUUACGGAUAAGUGCUACCACAAGAGUGAUCGUGUUUAACGUUAAAUGCAGGUGUCGUCGUCGCGUUAUUCUCAGCUAGAACUACCGAGGAAUUUAGAUAGGUAAUUAAUUGCUUGCUCGAUGAGUAUCGCGCCAUCGGGCUGUCCCAUGAGCGAUCGCCGAAGCAAAAAAGCUUCGCUGCAAUUACAUUCACAUACUCUUCCUCCAGGAACGAUCGCGAGGGAUGAUCGGAGUAGUCCGUAACCAGACGCGAACGGUCCCAGCCUAUCCGGAGCUCUAGUCCUGGCGAAUCAUCGUUCUAACGCGUAUAAUGUAUUACCUAGGCACUGCGUAGAUACAGUUAGAAGAAUGAAACGAUAGAUUGGUAAAAAUCCUGUAACGAACUCUGUUAAACUGAACUUUUAUUUAAAUGAAUUCGUUUGUAAAUA